AUGCCUUCCUCAAUGACCUCUAGCGAGCGCUCCAGCUCGGUCAAGUCGCACCACAGCCCCAAGACUUCUCUCCAAAGCAAGGCCGACCCCAACAUGGCCCUACAUGAACAAGAGCCCACCGCUGUGAACCUCCAGCCUGGAUCUCGAGAUGCCUUCUCACUCCGAAGCAUCCAGCAUAAGGAUCGUGAUGGAAAUCUCAUCACUGAUCCCGAUCUCUCCAAUCCAACACGGAGCCGACUUGAGCGCCCACUUGACACUAUCCGAUCGUUCGAUGCAGCCAUCAACGCACAUCGCAAGCAGCAACGGAUGUGA